AUGGGUACAAAAUUAUCUGUGAGUUUGGAGAACUCCAUGUCACCAAACACUGCCCCAAGAACCGAUCGUCCUCCUACAUUUGAUCCUUUAUAUGGUUUUCCAAAAGGAAGGAAACCUAGGGAGAUGAAAGUAACUAUGGAAGAAAUGGAUGAAUGGAAGCUAAAUAAUGGACAAAGAGAUUAUUGUGCUCAUCAUUUAAUUGAUUUACUUAAAUGUCAGAGAAAAUAUGCUCCUCUAGCUGGACAUGCUUGCGAUACCGAACGUCAUACCUGGGAUCGUUGCGAGUAUGAUGAUUAUAUUAUGAGGAUCAAAGAAUUUGAGAGAGAAAGACGACUUUUGAAACGUAGAGCAAGAAAAGAAGGUUUAGAAUAA